GAACUUCGAAGUUCGCAGUUGAUGAUGUCUUUGGUUGGUGUUCAUCUCCUUCAAUCCUCUCCCUCUCUCUCUCAUUGCAUUCCUCUCAUCAAAUCAUGCUCUUCCAAGCCCCAUCUUAUCCAAAUCCAUGCUCUCCUCCUCCGCACUGCUCUCUUCCAAGAAUCCUCCAUCUCCGCCGCCUUCUUGUCUCGAGCCGCUUUGCUACCUUUUCAUGAUUUGAAGUAUUCUAAGAUUGUCUUCGAUCAAAUAACCAAACCAUGCAUUGUUCACUAUAACAUUAUGAUAAGAGCUUUCUCGCAAAGUGAUUCUCCGAAGAAAGCUUUCGACUUUUAUAAACUUAUGCGGAGAAAUGGUAUCAAUGGCAACCGGUUUUCUUCUUCUUUUGUUCUCAAAUCUUGUGCCAAGAUCUCCACUUCGUGUGGAGGAAAGCAAGUUCAUUGCAGGAUUCUGCAAGAUGGGCAGCAAUCUGAUUCGCUUCUGUUGACUUCUUUGAUGGAUUUGUAUGCAUCUUGUGGUGAUGCUGGGGAUGCAUGUCAGGUAUUUGAAGAAAUGUCUAGUAGAGACACUGUUGCUUGGAAUGUGUUGAUUUCUUGUUAUACCCGAAACCGACGGACAAAAGAUGCAUUGGGUUUGUUUGAUCUGAUGCAAAGCCCGGAGUAUGGAUCGAAACCAGAUGAUGUCACUUGCUUGCUUUUGCUCCAAGCUUGCACACACUUGGGUACUCUUGAAUUUGGCGAGCGGAUACACAAAUACAUUGAAGAGCAUGGUUAUAUCAAUGCUUUGAACAUAAGGAAUUCACUCUUAACUAUGUAUCUCAAGUGUGGAUGUGUUGAUAAAGCUUAUAGAAUGUUUUGUGAUACACCUAAAAAGAAUGUCAUUAGUUGGAGUGCAAUGAUUUCAGGUUUGGCAAUGAAUGGUUAUGGCCAGGAUGCUAUCGAAGCCUUUAAUGAGAUGAAAAGAGUGGGUGUUCCACCUGAUGAACAGACAUUCACUGGCGUGCUCUCCGCUUGUAGUCAUAGCGGAUUAGUAGAUGAAGGAUUCAGAUUCUUCAAUAUGAUGAGAUUGGAAUACGGAUUAGCUCCCAACGUGCAUCACUACGGGUGCAUGGUUGAUCUUUUGGGGCGUGCUGGUUUGCUUGAUCAAGCAUACCAUCUUAUAACGAAUGAUAUGGGAAUCAAGCCAGAUGCUAUGAUAUGGAGGACUCUGCUCGGGGCUUGCAAAAUUCAUGGUAAUGUGCAGCUCGGAGAACGAGUCACAGAGCAUCUGAUUGAAUUAAAAGCAGCUCAAGCCGGGGAUUAUAUUUUACUGCUGAAUAUCUACUCUUCUGCUGGAAAUUGGGAGAAGGUAGCAGAAAUCAGAAGGUUGAUGAAAGAUAAAGGGAUUCAAACCAGCCCUGGUUGCAGCACUAUGGAAUUAAAUGGAACAGUUCAUGAGUUCAUUGUCGAUGAUGAUUCUCAUCCAAGGAAGGUUGAGAUUUAUCAAAUGCUUGAUGAGAUUGGGAGUCAAUUAAAGAUUGCCGGUUAUGUUGCGAAUACGGAAUCUGAGCUACAUGCUGUGGAUGCCACUGAGAAGGAGAGUGCACUCUCAUAUCACAGUGAGAAGCUGGCCAUUGCUUUUGCCAUUCUUGCCACUCCGCCAGGAACUACAAUUAGAAUCGCGAAGAAUCUUCGCACUUGUAUCGAUUGCCACACAUUCUCAAAGGUGCUUUCUAGUGUUUAUAAUCGUGUAGUGAUCAUCAGAGAUCGAAGCCGCUUCCACCAUUUCAAAGAUGGGCAUUGCUCAUGUAAUGAUUACUGGUAGAUCAAGUGCAGUUAUCGAUUUUAUCUGUUAUCAGUUAUCGAUCAUCUGCGUAUAGCCUUCAGCAUUGAAAUGGUGAAAGAAUGGCUUAAAUUGUCUUUUAUUGUUUGACUGUCCACACCAAGCCAGAGAAAACGGGAAACAUGAACUAGUACGUAUCACCAUCAAGUAUCAACACAUCUAGCCAAAGUAACAUCAGCUUUCACAUUUGGGUGUUCUUAAGAUUCAGUCGGUACGCAAUAACUUCAAAUUAUUUUCCCCUUUUUUGAAGAAGAAAAUUGUUAUAUUUUCUCUUUAUGUUUGACUAAAUGUUUCAAGAAUUAAAUUUGUUGUUGUGUGGAUAAGUGCUACUAGUGGAUUUUAAGAAUAAACUAAUGUUGAUGAGAGGUCAUAUUUUAU